AUGCAUGGUGGUGGUGGUGGUGGUGGUUGUGGAGGUGGUGGUGGAUGUGGAGGUUUUGAAGGAGGUGGUGGUUGUGGUGGUGGUGGUGGAGUUGGUGGUGGUGGAAGAGGUGGUGGUGGUGGUGGUGGUGGUGGCAGUGGCGAUGGCGGUGAUUGUGGAGGUAGUGAAUGUGGUGGUGUAAGUGGUGGAGUUGGAUGUGGAAGUGGAGGUGGUGUUAUUUUUUAA